AUGAUAGAAUAUUAUAAUAAAUUAGAAAACUCAAUAAAUAGGUUACCUCUAUCAAUAUUAAUAGUGUCAUUAUUUGCUAUUCAUGGGUACAGAAAAGGAUCAUUAAAUAAAAGUGGUGCCAUUUCAGCAUUUUUCACAGGUAUUAUCACAUGUUAUUGUGGCCCUAGUUUUGCAUUUAUCUUACUUUCAUUUUAUUUCUCCUCUUCAUACCUUACCAAAUAUAAAUCAUCAAUUAAAAAGAAAAUUGAAGACGGACAUGCCGUUGGUGGCCAAAGAAACUAUGUUCAAGUAUUUUCAAAUAGUUUAACAGCAACUUGCUUAUCUAUUAUUUUUAGUUUCUUUACAACAAGAUCAACCACAAUUAUAAAUUACAAAUACGACUAUUUUACAAGCUUUAUUUUAUCAUCAUUUAUAGGUCAUUAUUCAUGUUGUAAUGGUGAUACAUGGGCAAGUGAAUUGGGUAUUUUAAGUAAAGGUGAACCAAUUUUAAUUACCUCAGGCAAAAAAGUACCAAAGGGUACCAAUGGUGGUUUAAGUUUAAUAGGUUUAAUAGCAAGUGUAAUGGGCGGUUUAUUCAUAGGCAUUAGUUUUUCUUUUUGCAACUAUUUCUUUAACAGAGGAUAUCCAUUAGAAUUGGAACAAAUUUCAUUCAGUUAUUUACAGCAAACCAUUUCAAUUAUAUUACUUGCAACUUUUGGCGGUUUGGUUGGUUCAUUAAUUGAUUCUUUAAUGGGUGCAACCUUACAAUUGUCAUUACUUAGCAUAAACAGAAAAGUAGUUUUAAAUGAUGUCAAAAAAGUAAUGCCAACUGAUAAAAUAAGACAUAUUUCAGGUACUGAUAUUUUGGAUAAUCAUCAAGUAAACUUUUUAUCUUCAUUAGUCACAGCAAUUUUAUGUGGAUAUAUAGGUAGUUUUAUAUUUUAA